AUGUCGUCCAUAUCCGGACCCAAAUCAAGGCAGACUUUCAAAUCUAACUUGACGCUGGAGGGCCAUGAUGGGGAGGUCGGAUCAGUGGUGUUCUCUCACGACAGCAGCCGCGUCGCGUCCGGGUCGGAGGACAAGACGAUCAAGAUCUGGAAUGCGCAGACCGGCGCCUACCUGCAGACCCUCGGUUUUGCCUCUGUUGCGAGGAAUCUUUCUUUCGACACCACUGGAUCUUCUCUUCACACUGAUUUUGGAAUUAUCGCCCUUCGCGACUCGGCGACACCUGCCCUUACCACUUCGACAGAGUUUCUCUCUUCAGAAUCCCAAUCACUCCCGGCCACUCAACAGUCGCAAACCCCUGAGGAUCAAGGCUACGGUAUCAGUUCCGAUCGGUCCUGGGUCACACGACAUGCACAGAACUGGCUAUGGCUGCCUCCCAUGUACCGCCCAAAGUAUUCAGCUGUAGGACAGUCUGGGUUAGCCUUGGUGCUUGGCUGCAAGUCCGGACGCGUCCUAAUCUUGAUUCGCAGCUGA